CACGGUGCGCGUGCACGUCCCUGUAGAUGGCGAUAUCCUGAUUCAAUGGCGGAAAUUCCUGCAGGAAAAGUUGCAAUUCCCGCAUUGGCAACAACAGCUUACACCACAAAGCUGCCCAAGAAGAGGAAGACGGACUUAACGAGAAGAACGGCCAAGAGAGAGUCGGACUACAGACGCAAUAAAACGCGCGUGAAUAUCGGUGAAGCCUUUCAGAGAUGGAGAGAACUUCGCAAAUGCCUCGGCCUCAGUUUGGACUCGGAGCUUGCCGUUCUUCUCCUGGACAGUUAUCUUCGGACAAAAUCAGAGAAUCGACCUGAACGACCAACCGUUAAAAGAAGUUCCUCUACUGAGACCUGUGAGAGUGUGCACAUUUACCCACUCGUGAUGAAUCCACCAGUCGAAUAUGAGCCGGAAGCUUAUCCUGUUGCUUCUGUCCACUCACCUGAGAAUGGAAAGGAGUCAGGGGAAAAAGAUGCUGCUUGUCAAAGACUGAACAGUCAAGAUGAGGAGACAAGAUGGACGACAGGCAACCCGUCAGAAAAUAAAGAAAAUAGAGAUAUUCAAGAAGACAAGGAUGAAGAAUUCAGCACCUCAUUAAGCGUGGGAGACGGGCACUACCUGGUGGAUUUGGGAAGCUCGUCAGAGUUCAUUGUCGAUGAAGAGUGCAUCCUUCAGCUGUUCAGGUCAUGCCGGGAAUGCAACAGACAAUGUACGGUUAGAAAACGUGUGAAAGGACUAAAGCUUGUGGUUUCCCAGGCGUGCUGUUUCUGUGAAAGCCGCUAUAAAUGGACUAACCUGCCAGAUGACGACGAUGAUUUCCAGAUAAAUGGAAAAGAUGCGGCACACGGACAGAUCAACUCGGCACUGUCGCCAAGCAGUAAUACUAGCUGAGACAGAACCAUGUCUGAAAUGAUGCUCCAAGUGGACAAUGGUUGUACUGAGACAAACCUGUGACAGGGGUCUGGGCAGCUGUGGUUACUCUGCUGCCUCUGUGGAGUUUGGUUGUGUUUCUCUGGAAUAUCACACAGCUGUCACCAACUUCUGUUUGUGUUUAUUUCCUGGUAUCAGGAAGUAAACAUGAGCCAUCUGAUGCUA